CUCCUGUCUCCUCUCCGUUCUCCUCCUUCCUCUCCUCCUGUCUCGGCUGCUCCACAGAAGCUCCUCCAUCAGCAGAAAGGAAUGUGGUGAGGAAAGGAAAAGUUUCCGUGCAUGUGUGUCUCCUCCCUCUUUCACCUCCUCUCUCUCCUCCUCUCUCUCCUCCCUCAGUUAAGAGGCAGAGUGCCUGGAUCGCCGUCCCACUCGGAGACAGCCUGUGGACCCGGAGCUUCCUCAGGAGCAGACUCCACUCGCAGCAGGAUUCUCUCCGUCUUCAGUUUCCCUCUCCGUCCUCCUCCGUCAGCCUCCUCCAGGAGCUGUGGAGCUGCAGGAGUCAGUAAGAUGAAGGUCAGUUUCUCUCGAGGCGCUUUUGUCCACCUGGUGGCGCUGCUGCUGGUGUUCUCUGCACAGGCCCAAGAUGAAGUUGAACCUCCGUCAGGUCUGAGCUUUAAGAUCCUGAACCAGAACUCUGUGCAGAUGGUCUGGACCAGACCACGGUCCAGAAUUCAGGGCUACAGGAUCCGAGUGACGUCGGAAACAGGAGAAACCAUCAGAGAGUUUACUCUCCCUCCCUCUGCCACUAAGACCUCCAUCUCAGACCUGAGUCCAGAUCUGGGUCACACGGUCCUCCUGUCAGCUUUUACAGAAUCAGCCGAGAGUCGUCCGGUCUCGGGUCAGAUCACAUUGGAGUCCAGCGGCAGAGCUUCGUCCAGGAACCCGGCGCCGUCACAGUCAGUCGAAUGCUCUGGGGGUGCUGUGGCAGACCUGGUGUUCCUGGUGGACGGCUCCCGCAGCGUUGGGCGGCCCAACUUUAAGUACAUCCUCAGCUUCCUGUCUGCUGCGGUCCGGGCCUUUCAGGUCGGGGAGGAUGGAACCCACGUGGCCGUGGUUCAGUACGGCACCGACACCAGGACCGAGUUUGGUCUGAACUCUCACCUGAGCCCAGGCGCCCUGCUGCGGGCCGUCAACUCCAUCAGCCACAGGGGGGGAAACACCAGGACAGGUGGCGCUCUCGACUUCCUGCUCAAGAACACCUUCACGGCCGCGAGCGGAGCCAGAACAGCAUUUCCUAAAGUCCUGCUCAUCAUCACUGACAGCAAAUCUGAGGACGCGGUGGAGGCGUCGGCUCGGCAGCUUCGUAGCCGAGGCGUGGAAAUCUUUGUUCUCGGAGUCCAGCAGGCGGACGAAGCAGAGAUGAAGCUGCUGGCCUCCACCCCCUACAGGAGCCACGUCUACAGGGUGGCCUCCUUUGACAGGAUAAAGGAGGUGCAGCAGGAGCUGAUUCUUCAGAUGUGCGCCGCCGUCAGUGAACAGAUGGGGGCGCUGUCCAGUGGAGAAGAAGCGGUGGAGCCAGCCUCCAACCUCCAGGUCCGGGAGGUCUCCUCCAAGGCCAUCCGUGUUUCCUGGGACGCGUCCAUCGGAGACGUGUCCAACUACAAGGUCCAGAUGAUUCCCAUGGUGAGCGGCGCCCGGCGUCAGGAGCUGUACCUGGGGUCGGCCCAGACCGCCGCCGAGGUCCGAGACCUCUCUCCCGACACCGAGUACCAGAUCAGUGUUUACGCCCUGAACGGCCUGACGCCCAGUGAACCAAUCACGGCCCUGCAGAAGACGCAGCCCCUCCGGGUGUCCGUGGAAUGUUCUCUGAGGAGGGACGUUCAGGCCGACGUGGUCCUCCUGGUGGACGGCUCCUACAGCAUCGGUCUGGCUAACUUUGCUAAAGUGCGGGCCUUUCUGGAGGUUCUGGUGAACACCUUCGACAUCGGGCCCGACAAGGUCCAGAUCAGUCUGGUCCAGUACAGUCGGGAUCCUCACACCGAGUUCUACCUCAACACGCACCACGACCUGUCCGCCGUGGUCAGGGCCGUCAGGGCGUUCCCCUACAGAGGGGGCUCCACCAACACGGGCCGGGCCAUGACCUACGUCAGGGAGAAGAUCUUCCAGUCCGGCAGGGGGGCUCGCGCCAACGUCCCCCGCGUGACCAUCCUCAUCACCGACGGCAAAUCCUCCGACGCCUUCCACGAUCCCGCCAACAGGCUGAGGAACGCCGACGUGGAAAUAUUCGCGGUGGGUGUGAAGGACGCCGUGAAGUCGGAGCUGGAGGCCAUCGCCAACCCCCCGGCGGAGACCCACGUCUACACGGUGGAGGACUUUGACGCCUUCCAGAGGAUUUCUAAAGAACUGACCCAGUCCAUCUGCCUGAGGAUCGAGCAGGAACUGAACAACAUCAUCCAGAAACAACUUGUCCGUCCGACGGCGCUCUCCUUCUCCGAGGUCGGUCCCAGGAGCUUCAGGGCUUCAUGGGAGAUCGAUGCCGACAACGCAGAGUCCUACCUGGUCCAGUUCCGACCGGCCGACGGCACCGACGGCCAUUUUAUUUCCAUGUCGAUCCCUGGGGGGACACGCUCCGUCCUGCUGCCCCACCUGACCCCGCUGACACGCUACGAGGUCAACGUGUACGCCCAGUACUACGGCCUGGACAGUUUACCGGUGAAGGGUCACCAGACCACCUCAGAAGAACGAGGCUCGGUUCGAAACCUUGGAGUGUCUGAAGAGACCACGCACAGCUUCAGGGUGUCAUGGCUGCCGGCGCCAGGAGCCGUCACUGGCUACCAUCUGACCUAUGAACCCAUGGACGGCCGAGGCUCCAGGCUGGAGACCACCGCCGACGGAGCGGAGACCACCACCAAGGUCCUCCAGGAGCUACGACCCCGGACCAGGUACCGGGUCACUGUGACACCUGAGUACCGGUCCGGUGGAGGACCGCCGCUGCAGACUGAUGGGACCACCAAGGAAGAAGCGGGUCCUCCUAAGAACCUGGUGACCAGUGAUGUCACUGACACCAGCUUCGUGGCAUCGUGGACGCCGGCGCCAGGGAAUGUGAGGGCGUACAGAGUUCGGUGGAAGUCACUGUUUUCCCAGGAACAGGGGGAUAAAGCGGUGCCUGGUGACGUGUCCAGCACAGAGCUGAGCCACCUGAGUCCAGAGACUCUGUACCAGGUCUCUGUGGAGGCGGACUACGGCUUCACCAGGAGCGAUGCUGUGACGGCUCAGGAGACCACAGACGCCUCGGACCACGCAAAAGAACUGACUGUGUCGGAAGAGACUGAGCAAAGCAUGAGGGUGACGUGGACGCCCCCACCAGGGAAGGUGAUGCACUACCGGCUGAAGUACGUGCCGGUCACCGGCGGCCGGGAAAUUGCCGUGAAAAUCCCCGGCUCCCUGACGUCCACGCUGCUGAGACGCCUGAGGCCGCUAACCACGUACGGCAUCAGCGUUCAUCCGGUCUACAAACGCGGGGAAGGAAAAGCAAGGCAAGGAGAGGGAAGCACACUGUCACCGUACAAGAGUCCUCAGAACCUGCACACCUCAGAACCCACCAGGAACAGUUUCCGAGUGUCCUGGGAUCCAGCACCAGGUGACGUCCGAGGAUACAAAGUGACCUUCCAUCCCAUUGGGAAUGACGUGGACCUAGGGGAGCUCAUGGUCGGACCCUACGACAACACCGUGGUUCUGGAGGAGCUGAGGGCUGGAACCACGUACACGGUGAAUGUGAGUGGGAUGUUUGACGGGGGGGAGAGUGUCCCCGUGGCUGGGAAGGAGAAGACCACGCUGUCGGAGCCUCCAGAGCCCCCUCCUAUGGACUCAUCUGAAGCCAAGUGUAAGACCUCGGCCAGAGCCGACAUCAUGCUCCUGGUGGACGGAUCCUGGAGCAUCGGUCGCAUCAACUUCAAAACCAUCCGUAACUUUAUAGCUCGGAUGGUCAGCGUCUUCAACAUCGGUCCCGAACGGGUCCAGAUCGGUCUGGCUCAGUACAGUGGUGACCCAAAGACCGAGUGGCAUCUGAACGCACACCCCACCAAAGCCCAGCUGCUGCAGGCCGUCAACAACCUGCCGUACAAAGGAGGAAACACCAUGACAGGUCUGGCUCUGAAGUACAUCCUGCAGAACAAUUUUAAAGCAAACGUUGGAAUGAGAGAAGAUUCCAGAAAAAUCGGAGUCUUGAUCACAGACGGAAAGUCUCAGGAUGAGAUUAUCCUCAGCUCCCAGAACCUGAAGAACGAGGGCAUCGAACUCUACGCCGUCGGUGUGAAGAACGCAGACGAGAACGAGUUGAGGUCCAUCGCCACCGACCCGGACGAAAUCCACAUGUACAACGUCCAGGACUUCCAGUUCCUGGUGGACAUCGUGGACGAUCUGUCCACCAACCUGUGCAACAGCGUCAAGGGCUCAGAAGGGGAAAUGGAGUCUCCUGUUAACCUUGUGACCUCAGAGGUCACACAUUACUCCUUCCGUGCCUCCUGGACGCCACCUGGUGGAACAGUGGACAAGUACCGUGUCACAUAUGCAGCUGUGAAAGGAGGACCAACAAUGGAGCUGACGGUGGACGGAGCAGAGACCACCACCGUCCUGCCGAACCUGACCCCACUCACGGAGUACGUGGUCAGCGUCUACGCCGUGGUGGGCGAGGAGAGCAGCGAACCUCUGAAGGGCACCGAGACCACCUUGCCCCUGGCUGCAGUGAGGAGCAUGGACGUCUACGACGAGGCCGUGACCACCAUGAGGGUCAGGUGGCCUCCGGUGACCGGAGCUCAAGGCUACAUGUUGGUCUACAGAUCGGUCAACGCCUCGGAGCCGCAGCAGGAGAAAGAACUGCGAGUCGCAGGAGACCAAUCGGACGUCCAGCUGACGCAGCUGAUUCCUAACACGGAGUACAAGCUCCGCCUCUUCGCUCUGUACGGUGAAUCCAUCAGUGACGCCCUGGAAGGAGGAGGAGUCACCCGGCCACUGCCUCCUGCUGGUGUCCUCAGAAUCACCGACGUGACCCACAGCACCAUGAGGCUGAACUGGGACGCCGCACCUGGAGCCGUGCGCUCGUACAAGGUCACCUACCAACCAGACGAGGGCGACCUCCAGGAGAUUGAAGUGGACGGUGACAUCACCUCCUUGGAUCUUUCCAGCCUCAUCUCCCAGACGGAGUACGAUGUGGCCGUGACCCCGAUCUACGACGACGGACCAGGGUCGCCGAUGGUGGGCUCAGCGAUCACAGAUGUGGUUCCUGCUCCAAAGAACCUUCAGUUCUCUGAAGUGACCCAGAGUUCCUUCAGAGCCAGCUGGCAGCACGGAGCACCCGACGUCGCCCUCUACCGCAUCGGCUGGGUCAAAAAGGGAGGCACCGACGCCCAGUCUGCCAUCCUGGCCAGCGAUCAAACCUCCUACGUCCUGGAAAACCUGGACCCAGACACGGACUACGACGUCACUGUCACCGCCAUCUACCCAGACGAGUCCGAGAGCGAGGAUCUGAUGGGAAGAGAACGAACGCUGUUAAAGGCUCCAGACGUGGUUCCGGAACCUCCUCGGAACCUCCGGGUGUCCAACGCCACCACCACCACGCUCACAGCCAAGUGGGACGCUGCCCCUGGCCCCGUCCAGAACUACAGGGUCACCUACAGACCAGUGGCCGGAGGUGAACCCAUGGUGACUCAGGUCGGAGGAAAGAAGACCAGCCUGAUUCUGCAGAAGCUGCAGCCGGACACGCCCUACACCGUCAGCGUGGCCGCCGUGUACUCUAGCGCCAUCAGCAGGGACAUCUCAGCAGAUGGAAAAACCAAGCCUCUAGGUGGCGUCAGGAACCUGCAGGUGUUGAACCCAACCAUGUCGACGCUGAACGUUCGCUGGGAACCUGCGGAGGGGCGGGUCAAGGAGUACAAGGUCCUGUACGUCCCUGCUGCUGGAGGAGACCAGCUGAUGGAAAAAGUUUCAGGAAGUUCAACAACCACGGUGCUGCGAGGCCUGACCCCGGACACGCUCUACAGUGUGACCCUGGUGCCGGUCUACGCCGACGGAGACGGACUGGCCAUGUCUGAAAACGGAAAGACCAUGCCUCUAGGUGGAGUGAAGAACCUGCAGGUGUUGAACCCAACCAUGACCACGCUGAACGUACGCUGGGAACCUGCGGAGGGGCGGGUCAAGGAGUACAAGGUCCUGUACGUCCCUGCUGCUGGAGGAGACCAGAGCCUGGAAACAGUGUCAGCAGGUACAACAACCACGGUGCUGCGAGGCCUGACCCCGGACACGCUCUACAGUGUGACCCUGGUGCCGGUCUACGCCGACGGAGACGGACUGGCCAUGUCUGAAAACGGAAAGACCAGACAACUAGGGGGCGUAAAGAACCUUCAGGUGACUGACCCCACCAUGACCUCUUUGAAGGUGAACUGGGAUCCAGCUGACGGAGCCGUUCGUCUCUACAAAGUCUUUUACGUCCCUGUCGCCGGAGGUCGAGAAGAAAUGGAGCAAGUUCCAGCAGGAACCACCUCCAUCGUUCUGAGGAACCUAAUGCCCGACACGCCCUACACCGCGUCAGUGCUGCCCGUCUACCCCGCGAGGGAGGGCAAACGUCAGUCGGAGAACGGGAAGACACUUCCUCUGGGUGGAGUCGGGGGCAUGAGGGUCAGCAACCCCACCAUCACCACCCUGACCGUCACCUGGGACCCGGCCGCAGGAAACGUCCAGGGUUACAAGACGGAAGAAGAGAGGAUUUCUGACUCUCUGUCGGUGACAGGAGGAAUGUUCUACCACCUGUGCUGCAGGAAUGUGAACACUUCCAUAUUGAGCCACAGAUUGAAGGACCUUCUCCUCAAGCCUAGUCAGCAGCGCCCCCUGCUGGCCGAGGGCAGAUCUCACUGUUUUUGCCCCCUGUUGCAGGAGCAAGUGUCAGAGAGCACCACCUCCACCAUUCUGGACAAACUGCUUCCAGACACUCGCUACUCCGUCACCGUGGUUCCUGUCUACGCUGAAGGAGACGGACCGAGCCUGUCGGACAACGGCAAGACCAAGCCUCUGGGCUUCGUUCGGAACCUGCAGGUGACCGAUCCCACCACCAGCACCCUCAACGUCCGCUGGGAGCCACCAGAGGGCAAAGUGCGGGAGUACAUUGUCAUCUGGACUCCAGUGGCAGGAGGAGAGCAGGAAGUGGACCAGGUGUCGGGGUCCACCACCUCCACGGUCCUGAAGAACCUGGACUCAGACACAGAAUAUACGGUGACCGUGGUCCCUGUUUACCCUGAGAUGGAGGGAAAAUCUCAGUCUGAAAAUGGGAAAACAUUGCCACUGGGCGGAGUCAAGAACUUACAGGUGAUUGAUCCGACCUUUAAUACGCUGAAAGUGCGCUGGGAACCUGCUGUGGGAAAUGUCCGCAGCUACAAAGUUUUGUACGCCGCUCAGCCUGGAGGUGAAGAGCGAACGGAGGAGGUGUCCGGUGGCACCACCAGCACCAUCCUGAGAAACCUGGACUCCGACACGCUCUACAACGUCGCUGUGGUUCCUGUUUAUCCCGACGUGGAGGGAAUACGACAGGACGAGACCGGGAAGACCAAACCUCUGGGUGGAGUGAAGAACCUCCAGGUGACCGACCCCACCACCAGCUCCCUGAGGGUCCGCUGGGAACCAGCAGAGGGCGACGUGAGACAGUACCAGGUCAUCUACGUUCCUGCAGCAGGAGGAGCCGAGAGCAUGACCCAGGUGUCAGGAAUGUCGACCAACACGGUCCUCAGGGAGCUCCAGCCUGACACCGAGUACAAGGUCACGCUGGUUCCCAUUUACUCUGACACUGAGGGAAAACGCACAUCGGAGAACGGAAAGACAAAACCUCUGGGAGGAGUGAAGAACCUGCAGGUCACCGACCCCACCACCAGCUCCCUGAAGGUCCGCUGGGAGCCAGCAGAGGGCAACGUUCGCCAGUAUCGUCUCUUCUAUGUCCCCGCAUCAGGAGGAGCCGAGGACAUGGAGCAGGUUUCUGGUGGAACCACCUCCACCGUCCUGAGGAACCUCCUCUCUGACACACCCUACACUGUGACCGUGGUGCCCGUUUAUCCAGAAGGAGAAGGUCUGCGUCUGUCCGACAAGGGCAAGACACUUCCACGGACUCCUCCCAGGAACAUCCAGGUCUACGACCCCACCCCCAACAGCCUGAACGCCCGCUGGGAACCUGCCAGUGGCCAAGUCCAGCAGUACAGGGUCACCUACACUCCACUGAGUGGAGGCAGACCUGCGGAGACGGUCCUGGUUCCAGGGAACCUGAACACAGUCUUCCUGGACAACCUGAUCCCGGACACUCCGUACUCCGUGGGGGUCUCAGCUCUGUAUGCAGACACUGAAGGUUCUCCAGUCACAGGAAAUGGAAAAACACUGCCACGUGCCGGUCCCAGGAACAUGAGGGUGUUUGACGCCACCACCAGCACCAUGACCGUCAGCUGGGACCACGCCGAGGGUCCGGUCCGACAGUACAAGAUCGCCUACGCCCCCCUGACCGGAGACCCCAUCACUGAGUUUACUGUGGUCCCAGGAAACAGAAACAACGCCAUGCUGCAGAACCUGAGUCCAGACACUCCCUACAACAUCACCGUGGAGGCCGUGUACGCUGAAGGUCCAGGAGGAACGCUCAACGGCAACGGGCGCACAGUUGGUCUGUUGAGUCCCAGGAACCUCAGGGUCUCAGAUGAGUGGUACACCAGGUUCAGAGUCUCCUGGGACCCCGUGUCUGCUCCAGUCCAGGGCUACAAACUCGUCUACUUCCCUGCAGGCUCAGACCAGACCGUGGACCUCUUUGUGGGCGACGUGGCGUCGUACACUCUGCACAACCUGCAGCCAGGAACCACGUACGACGUCAAAGUGAUGGCUCAGUACACGGGGGGCAUGAGCGGUCCACUGCAGGGCCAGGGAACCACACUUUAUCUGAACGUCACCAACAUCGAGACCUACAACGUGGAUCACGACAAGUUCUGCAUCAAGUGGAGUCCUCACAGGGCGGCCACCUCCUACAGGAUCAAACUCCACCCUGUGGAUCCAUCCAGCAGGGGGCAGCAUGAGAUCACCAUCCCAGCCGGAGCACCUCAGUACUGCUUUGAUGGUCUUUCCCCUGACGCUCUUUACACCGCUACCGUCUACGUCCAGACCCCCAAUCUGGAGGGACCUGGAGUCAGCGCCAACGAGAAGACACUGAUGAGGCCCACUCCGUCUGCGACACUCCCACCGACUCCAGCCCCGCCCCCCACCAUUCCUCCAGCCUGGGCAGUCUGUAAAGGGGCCAAAGCAGACGUGGUGUUCGUCAUCGACGGCUCCUGGAGCAUCGGAGAAGAAAGUUUCACCAAAGUGGUUCACUUUGUCUCCGAAGUCGUCGGAGCCUUCGACGUCAUCGGACCAUCGGGAAUGCAGGUGUCGUUUGUCCAGUUCAGCGACAGCGCUAAGACGGAGUUCAGGCUCAACGCCUACCAGGACAAGGGCGUGGCCAUGUCGGCGCUUCAUCAGAUCCGCUACAGAGGAGGAAACACCAAGACAGGCAUCGCCCUGAAACACACCUACGAAAAAGCCUUUUCGGCCGAAAACGGAAUGAGAAGAAACGUCCCUAAGAUCGUGGUGACCAUCACCGACGGCCGAUCUCAGGACGACGUGAAGCAGCACGCCGCCAAGCUGCAGCACGCAGGCUACAGCGUCUUUGCCAUCGGUGUGGCCGACGUGGACUUUGUGGAGCUGCAAGAGAUCGGCAGCAAACCCAGUGACCGACAUGUGUUUGUGGUGGACGACUUUGACGCCUUUGCCACCAUCAGAGAAAACCUGAUCACCUUCAUCUGUGAAACCGCCACGUCCUCCUGUCCGCUGAUUUUCCUGAACGGCUUCACGUCUCCAGGUUUCAGGAUGUUGGAGGCCUUCAACCUGACGGAGAAGACCUACAGUUCAGUCAGAGGCGUUUCCUUGGAGCCCGGCUCCUUCAACAGCUUCGACUCCUACAGACUCCACAAGAACGCGUUUCUGACGCAGCCGACCACUGACAUCCACCCUGACGGCCUCCCUCACACCUACACCCUCAUCCUCAUGUUCCGCCUCCUCCCCGACUCACCCAAGGAGGCCUUCGACCUCUGGCAGGUGUCGAGUUCAGACCACAAACCUGAGACUGGAGUCAGCGUGGACCCCACCAGUCAGACCGUGUCCUUCUACAACAAGGACGAGCGCGGCGAGGUCCAGAGGGUCACCUUCGACCACGCCCUGGUGAAGAAGAUCUUCCACGGAAGCUUCCACAAGCUCCAUGUCCUGGUUUCAUCCACCAGUGUCAAACUCAACGUCGACUGCCAAGAAGUGGCUGAGAAGGAGAUCAAGGACGCUGGGAACACCUCCAGUGACGGCUACCAGGUUCUGGGGAAGAUGUCCAAGUCCAUCGGCUCCAAGGGAGAAUCAGCCACGUUCCAGCUCCAGAUGUUUGACAUCGUCUGCAGUCUGGCGUGGACCAGCAGGGACAGAUGCUGCGACCUGCCGUCCAUGAGAGACGAGCUGAAGUGUCCCUCUCUGCCAAAGUCCUGCACCUGUCUGUCCCAGGCCUCAGGAGAACCUGGUCCUCAGGGUCCAGUGGGAGCUCCUGGCACCAAAGGUCCUCGAGGUGAACGGGGAGAAGCAGGUCCAGCUGGACCCAUCGGCCCCCGGGGAGACUUGGGGCCCCCAGGACGCAUGGGUCUCCCUGGCCCUCAGGGACCGAGCGGUCUGUCCAUCCCAGGAGAAGUGGUGAGCAUCGCAGAACGAGUCCAGAUCCUGGGGCUGACUCUGUCUCUGACUCAGUCUCUGACUCUGACUCUGCCUCUGACUCUGCUGCUCUCUUGGUGUCCACAGGGUUCACCUGGUGCCUCUGGUGCCGUGGGACCCAUUGGGAAAGCGGGAGUGAGGGGUCCUCAGGGUAAAGACGGACCGGCCGGCCCCAGAGGCCCUCCAGGACCCAUGGGUCCUCCAGGAUCUCCUGGAGUUCCAGGUACAGCAGGACAUCCUGGUAAACCAGGAGACACUGGUCUUCCUGGAGCCAUUGGCCUCAAGGGAGACAAAGGAGAGAGAGGUGACUUUGCUCCUCAGAACAUGAUGAGAUCCAUCGCUCGACAAGUGUGUGAGCAGCUGGUGUCUGCACAAAUGAGUCGAGUCGAGUCGAUAAUCAACCGGAUUCCCAAUGGGGAGUACCGUCACAGCAGCAACAGCCCGGGUCCAGCUGGACCCCCCGGACCUCCAGGCAGACAGGGACCCCGUGGGGAGCCUGGUUCUGCAGGAAGAAACGGUUUCCCAGGAAGUCCAGGUUUACCAGGGCAGCAGGGAGAGAGAGGUCCUGCAGGAGAGAAGGGUGAACGUGGACCUUCAGCUGUGGGACAGAAAGGAUCCAGAGGACCCGCUGGUCCCCCAGGAGAAAGCAGAACCGGACCUCCAGGGCCUCCGGGCUCUGCUGGAUCUCGGGGUCCUCCUGGACGUUCAGGGUAUGCCGGUAUCCGUGGUCCUCCAGGACCUCCUGGAUACUGUGACUCCUCUCAGUGCGUGGGAAUUCCUUACAACGGACAGGGAUACGUGGACCGAUUUGGUCCUGAACGCAGCAUCCAGCUUGUCCCCGCCCCCGAGGAGGAGGAGUCUACGCAGCAUCGCAGAAAGAGGUCAUUAACGGGAAAAAUAAUAGACAGGCUAACGUCGUAAAAUAAAAUCUCGUUUUGUUUGUUCAACCUUGUUUUUUUUAGGAUUUCUACACACUUUUAUACUCUUUAUAUAUAUAACUAUAUAUAUAUAAACAGUUUCUAGAGCAAAGUUUUAGGCUGAAAUGAAAAAUGUUGGGGUUUUUUUUAUUGUUUUUUUUUUUUUUUUUUUUUAUUGUAACAGGAGCAUCAGGUAUAUGUGAGCGAACAGAGUCCAAGUCGGAGGUAACUGAGUUUGACGUGUCUUGUUUUUGUGUCAAUGUUGGCUCAGUAUAUUUACGAUAACAAGCGCUCCGUGUGGUCACUCUCAGUAUAACAGCGUUCUCAUGUUUCUAUCCUGUAUUUAGCGACCUUACUCCGUCACAGCUACAUUUGCAUGUCUGUGGUGUAUAUUUACUUGGUUUGUCUUUUGUUUAUAACCAGAAUAGACUUGUCCUCAUGUCAUCAUUCUCAUUGUCUCACUGAUGAAUGCAAGUUCCAGUAGAAACCUGUGGGGGCAGCAUAUUGCGCUCUCGCCACUGUGGUUUAUGGAUAAAGAUAAAAAUUGCAGAUUGUGAACUUCACAACCGUAUUUUCUUAUUUAUUUCUGUAAAGAGGAGACGCUUUUUACAAUAAAACUACUGAAAAUGUU